AUGGGGAACGACUUCCUUAAUGGGACACUAGUCCCCGAGGUCAACAUCUGGAUCUCGACGACCAGUGCUCAUAAUCCCUUCAUCCGACCCGUCAACAUCAUCACUCGAAGCAGUAAGGACCAGCACGGGAACCACCAUGACACGAAACACGCGCGCGGAAGAAGUGCAGAGCUCAAGAACGACGUCCCCGACACUGCCCACCCCGAUAUAACCACGCAACUGCCUCCCACUCUUCCGUAUUGCUCUGCACCAGCAUCCAACGACCGCCACACAUGCGGGCAAGUUCCGCUUGUCAAAGGCCAAGGUUCUGGCCCAGGCCAGCACCCCCCAGCUGAACAGGACGCGCCAAAGAGGCGGAAAAAGAGGGAUAGAGGUGGAAGGAUGGCUCGAAGUGGCGCAGAAUGGCUUCUGCCUCGUACAACACGAACCGCACGGGAAUUCGGCGCGUUUGACCUGACGGUCGGCCUCCCAGUCAUCACCGCACCCCUCCACAUCACUGUGGAGGAUCUGUUUACUGCCUCGCUCGCUUUGCACACCCGACCAGGCAACCGCGGCCGCCAACCAAACCUCCGAAAUGAUUUCGGAGUAUACGUCGCGCGCUCGACCACGGGCACGUUCCUGGGCGACUACACGAUCGGAUGCGCCUGGUGGGGGUACUUCUGGCAGGCCUCGGACUACAUCCUCGUCGCUGAGCCGCAGCGUGAACUCGUCAAGCUGGAACAGAGGAAGCAGGACUCGCCCCCGCCCCCACCGAUCGAGACUCAGAGCGUUUUCGAGCGCCUCCGGUGGGCGCUCAGCCUUUGGCUCAGCCCCCGCUGCGUCGGGUGGUCGCACGAAUCCACAUCGGUCCUCGCGCCCGCGCCCGCACCCGGCACCUCCCGCCUGCGCUUCCUCCUCGGUACCCAGCUCCCACGCGGCCUCGCGCUGCUGCUCAUCCACGACGCGGCGAACCUGUACACGCGCGUGAAUCCGCUGUUCCGCGCGGCGGGUGGUCCGUGGGAGUCGCGCGGGUGGGGCGUGCGCGCGGGGAUGGCGCUAACGUUCGGCGCGUCGGGGUGGACGGGCCUGGCGCUGGCGUGGAUGGCGAUCAGUGUGUUUGCGGUGGGCGUGGGGCUGUCGAAGCCCGAGGAGUGGCCGCCGCUGUUUGGGGGGCCUGGGGAGGCGUAUUCGGUGCGAAGGUUCUAG